AUGUUACAAACAACUUAUACAGAAGCAAGUUAUGAGCAACCAGUGAAUGCUGAAACUAAUGUAGAUUUACAGCAUGUACCUGCUUCAAAUGUUACUUAUAAACUUCGACCAACAGCUAAUUGGGUUCAAAAACCAUAUGAAAAACGAAAUUUUUGGGAGCGUCUUGCUACACUUGACUUAGCUAGUGAUAAAUGUUAUGUUGUUCAACCACAAAAUACAAAUCCACCACCUAAUCUUAAUGUUUGGCGUGAGCGUCUAUGGUUAAUUGUUAUGAUUGCACCAGCAUUAAUUAUUCAAGCACUUUGGUAUUAUAUUAUACCUGAAAAUAGUUUCUUUCAUACAUGGCAUCCAAUUGUAGCAUUUAUUUUCUAUCAUUUGGCUUUUUUUACUUUUAUUAUAAGACUAGUUAAACAUAUUACAUAUUAUAUGGAUGUCUAUGGUACUUUUGAUGAAUAUAAAAGACCACGUGAUUAUGUACCUGAUAAAUAUGUAUAUCGAUUGAUUCUAAGUAUUCUCAUUUAUACAUUGGCACGUACUGGUGGUGGUCUAAUUUUAGGUGGAUAUAAUCGUUAUAGUCCUCCAUCACUUGGUCAUACUAUUUCUUGGGCUUUUCCAAUAAAGAUUGGUAUUUGGUUAAUUACUUUAGAUUUCUUCUUCUAUUUCUAUCAUCGUGCAGUUCAUACAUUUCCUUUUCUUUGGAAAUAUCAUAGUAAACAUCAUUCUACAAAACAUCCAACACCUCUUCAAUCAAUUCUUGCCGAUGAUUUACAAGAAAUUAUCGAAAUUUUUCUCAUUCCAUUAGCUGCAUCUUUAGUUAUGCCAUUAUUAGUACAUGAAUUUUGGAUUGCUCAAUGUAUUCUUGCCUAUGUUGAAGCAAUGGGUCAUAGUGGUACACGUGUUUACUGGACACAUCCACUUAUUGGUGAAAUACUCCGACCAUUUGGAAUGGAACUUACUGUUGAAGAUCAUGAUUUACAUCAUCGAUAUGGAAAAAGUGGUAAGAAUUAUGGGAAACAAACAAGAAUUUUCGAUCGAAUUUUUAAUACAAUCAGCGAACGUAUUGAAGGUGUAGAAAAAUAA